CAACAGCUCCCAUCACAACCAUCUCACUUUUCAUGCGGCCAACUCUCAACAGCCCUUAACACUCGUGGAGUCUCUACUUCGGCUUUCGCUGUGGCUUUUACCGCACGGUUUUGUCAGUGCUUUAACGGUUACUCAAUCGUUUCACGUGCACACUCCUAUUUUACAUCAUUUCGCUCAUCUGAGCACUUUCUUCAUUUAUACUACAGGCACCCAGUAGGCUUCUUUGGUUUGCUUUUUAAACGUAAAGUAUUUUUUAGUGAGAUGCAAAUUGCCUUGCGGUUGCUUUCGAUGUUGCGCGUUGCUACUGCUACAGAAGUUUCUCCAAUUUUGACGCAAAAUUUGUAUCCUGUCGCAUCCUUCUGAAAGGUCGCGUGCAGCGCGCGCGACGGAUUAAAUGGAUUAAUUAUCACAUCUUCACGUCAUUCCGCAGAGUUUUCGGGCAACUGGUGUAUAUUUUUGGCUUGUUUGGAGGUGUUUCUCUCAAAGGGGUUUUUAAAAUGAGCGAAAUAUACACCGAGGCGGACAGUCAACAAGAAAACGGGGAUCACAGCAGCAGCAGCAGCAAGGACUCGGACCGUCAGCUCCGCUUGAGACUGUGCGUUUUAAAUGAAGUAUUGAACACCGAACGGGAUUACGUGAGAAACUUGGCAUUUCUACAGUCGGCUUUUCUUCAGAGAAUUAGACAGACUGCAGAAAAUCAACAAUGUCUGACACCAGAGCAGUUCAAGAUCUUGUUUUCCAACAUCGAGUCCAUUUUGGAGGUUCAUUGUGAGUUUCUCUCCACUCUGGAUGCCAGUUUACAGCCUGAACCUCAGGCGCACCACUCUCUCGGACAUGUCUUUCUCCAGUUUAGGGAGCGUUUCUCUGUGUACGGGGAAUACUGUAGUAACCAUGAGAAAGCACUCAGACUACUGAUGGAGCUGAACAAGAUCCCCCACGUACGAACUUUCCUGCUGCACCUCAUGCUGUUGGGAGGUAAGAAGAGCACAGAUGUUCCUCUUGAGGGGUACCUCCUCUCUCCCAUCCAGAGAAUCUGUAAAUACCCUCUACUACUCAAGGAGCUUUUGAAGAGGACCCCUAAGAAGCAUCCAGAUUACCCUGCUGUAGAGGAGGCUCUGCAGGCCAUGAAAGCUGUGUGCUGCAACAUCAACGAGACAAAGAGACAGAUGGAGAAACUAGAGGCUCUUGAGAUAUUACAGUCACACAUAGAGGGCUGGGAGGGGACAAACUUGACUGAUAUUUGCACUGAACUUCUGCUCCAAGGCAACCUGUUGAAGAUAUCAGCUGGGAACAUCCAAGAACGGGUUUUCUUUUUGUUUGACAACCUCCUAGUCUACUGCAAGAGAAAGUCCCGGGUGUCAGGGAAGAAAUCCACCAAGAGGACGAAAUCCAUCAAUGGGCCGCAGUAUGUGUUCAGAGGCCGCAUCAACACUGAGGUCAUGGAGGUUGAGAAUGUGGAAGACGGAACUGCGGACUAUCACAGUAAUAACUACACAGUGACCAAUGGUUGGAAGAUUCACAAUACGGCCAAAAACAAGUGGUUUGUUUGCAUGGCCAAGAAUGCAGAGGACAAGCAGAAAUGGCUUGAUGCCAUUUUAAAGGAACGUGAACAGAGAGAGAGUCUUAAGCUCGGCAUGGAGCGUGAUGCCUACGUCAUGAUCGCGGAGAAGGGAGAGAAGCUCUACCAUAUGAUGAUGACCAAGAACCGGCACCUCAUCAAAGAUCGACGUAGGAAACUCACCAUCGUACCCAAGUGCUUUUUGGGAAAUGAGUUCGUCUCAUGGCUGCUGGAGAGUGGGGAGAUCAGUAAAUCUGAGGAGGGAAUCAACCUGGGUCAGGCGCUCCUGGAGAACGGCAUCAUCCACCAUGUAUCAGAUAAACACCAGUUUAAGAAUGAGCAGGUGUUGUAUCGUUUUCGUUACGAUGAUGGCACUUAUAAAGCCAGGAGUGAAAUGGAAGACAUCAUAUCAAAGGGAGUGAGACUCUACUGUCGUCUCCACAGUCUCUUCACACCUGUUAUCAAAGACAGAGACCAUCACCUGAAAACCUUCAAAUCCGUCAUACCAGCUAGCAAACUGGUGGAGUGGCUUGUGUCACAGGGCGACUGCACGAGCCGUGAGGAUGCGGUCACUCUUGGCGUCGGACUCUGCAAUGCCGGUUUUAUGCACCAUGUUCUGGAGAAAAGCGAAUUUAAGGAUGAGUCACAGUUUUUCCGUUUCUACGCUGAUGAGGAGACGGAGGGCACUAGCUCCAAGAGUAAACAACUCCGGAGUGACUUUAAGCUCAUCGAGAACAUCCUUGCCAAAUCCCUAGUGAUUCAUCCUGAAGAGGAAGACUAUGGGUUUGAGAUUGAAGAGAAGAACAAGGCCAUCAUAGUGAAGAGUGUGACCAGGGGAUCAUAUGCAGAGAUGGCAGGGCUACAGGCAGGUAGGAAGAUCUACUCCAUUAAUGAGGAUCUGGUGUUCCUGAGGCCAUUUUCGGAGGUGGAGACCAUGAUCAACCAAUCCUUCUGUAUACGUCGCUCCCUCAGACUACUGGUUGCCACCAAGAACAAAGAGAUUGUGAAGAUCCCAGAUGUUCAUGGCACUCUGCCGUUUGUUCUCUGUGGUUCCUGUCCGCCUUAUGUUCAUGCAGUGAAGAAAGGCUCAGAGGCAGCAGCAGCAGGUCUUCAGCCCGGUCAGUGUGUGCUCAAAGUUAACGGUAAUAACAUGAACCAGAGCAGUUACCAGGAAGUUCUGGAGCACUUCAGUGGCCAUCAGCCUGUCCUGGAGCAGCAAGACACGAACUGUGGUCAGUGGGCAUACCGUGUGUAUGAAGAUGUGGAAGAGCAUUUCAGGACCUGUGAGAACGGCUCGGAUUCAGAGGACGGCUGUCCUAAUGGAACAGGCUCUGUUAAAAGACUGGAACUGUUGUCCAUCUCUGGCGAUGUUCCUUCAGUCAGACUGAAUGUGGACAACGUUCAUGUCGAACAUGGGGUCGUGUAUGAGUAUGUCAGCACAGCAGGGAUCAAACACUGUGUUCUGGAGAAGAUGGUGGAACCCAAGGGCUGCUUCAGCCUCACCGCAAAGAUUCUGGAGGCUUUUGUGAAGGAUGACAGUCUAUUUGUGAGGAGCUGUCGGCAGCUAAUGGCUCAAAAUGAGAAGGUGGUGACCAUGCCACAAUUUGAGUUUCGAAACAUCUGCGACACCAAACUGGAGAGCAUAGAAAAACGCAUCUGCAGCUAUACACAGUUUGUAGAGGAACUGCAGACUAAGGCCUGGCCCAUGUUUAAGCAGGCAAGCACUAAACCUCACGCUCUGGGCUGUAUGGACUUUGUCCCCACCAACUGUCACCUGAACCUGAUGCAGGUGUCCUGCCCCAAGAGCUCCACCUCUACUGGCCGAGCCUUCAGCAUCCGCUUUGGACGCAAGAACUCCUUCUUUGGCCUUGAUCCCGACCAAGCCAAUUUGAAUCCCAUGUCUCACUCUGUACACUGUGUGACCAGCAUGGGGGCCCCCUCUUGGAAUUGCCUGAGUUUGGAUGAAGAGACGGAAGAGAGAGAGGGUAGCAUGGAGAAUGGAAGGAAGCAUGAAGAGGGAGGUCUUAGCUUCCUCCUUAAACAAGAAGACACAGAUAUCCAGGACAAUUACAUCUGCCUCUAUAACCGCCUGGACAUCGCAGUGCGGGAGAUGAAGCAAUAUGUGGCCCAGAUAGAUGUACUCCUGUCGUCCAUAACCGGACCGACCCAGCCCCAGGGCUCUGAGCCCCCCUCGUUUGAGAGCACCUCUUCAACAUCACCUGUACCGGAGGAGACAGACCAAGACAAGACAGAGCAUGGAGGGAACAAGAGAGUGUGCUUUAAAGUGAAUGAAGAUGAUCAGGAGGAUUCUGGACACGACACCAUGAGCUAUAGAGACUCCUACAGUGAAUGUAACAGUAACCGGGACUCAGUGCUGUCAUACACAAGUGUCCGGAGCAACAGUUCUUACCUGGGCAGUGAUGAGAUGGGCUCAGGAGAUGAGUUGCCAUGUGAUAUGCAGUUCCCUUUAGACAAGCAGGAUAAACUACACGGAUGUUUGGAACACCUUUUCAAUCAGGUUGACUCUAUCAACAGUCUCCUGAAGGGCCCUGUCAUGAAUAAAGCUUGGGAGGAAACCAAGCAUUACCACACCGACCACAGUCAGCCAGAAUUUCGGCACACAGAUGACUGGAAUGUACGCUGGCGGUGCGUCUUGCACAAGAACAUUCAGGAAGACCCUUGGAACCUGCCUAUUUCAAUUAAAUCUCUAGUAAACAGCCUUCAUCGCUUCGUAGAGGAUGGAAGGAGUCAGCUCUUAUUGGCAUUGCUUAAAUGCACUGACACAGAACUCCAGUUGCGGCGGGAUGUCAUAUUCUGCCAGUCCCUGGUGGGGGCAUUGUGCACAUUGGCGGAGCAGCUUGUGAGCGCAUUGAAUCUGCGCUUCAACAAUAAUGGAGAGUAUGAUGAGGACAGUAAAGAGGUUAGCCGAAAAUGGCUAGAGCAGAUCGCCACCAUUGGAGUGCUCUUUAACUUCCAGUCAACACUCUGUCCUCAUGUGAGAGAAGAGAGAAUCAUGUUGGAAGAUACGAAAGCAGCCCUGCAGGAUCUGGAGAAAGUCACAGUGCUGUUCCGCCCGCUGGAGAACGAAUGCCUCGUCCCAAACACAUCAGUGCAUUACCAGGUUGAAGGCAGUCGGCAGGCCAUCAGGGUGACAAUGUUUAUGGACAGCUGUCAUUUCAGUGAGCUGCCCACAAGACUGCAGAACGGAGGCUCUUUGAAGCUUCAGUCAGUCCUCUUCACUAGAGGGCUGGAAAAACCAGAGGGUGUGUUGGCUCAGGAUUUUGUAGCCAUGGAAGAGUUUCAACAGCGCACAAAUGCUCUCUCACUGGAGAAGGUCAAAGGUUAUUACCGCAAACUCAGGGCUUUUUAUCUGGAGAAAUCAAAUUCAGACUCAAAUUCCACUGCCAUGAAAAUAGACCAGCUCCUCCGGCCGCUUAACACCCUGGAUGACCUCUGUCGGCUCAUGCAGACGUAUAUGAAGGUAAAACCGGGCUCUGCAGGUCAACCCUCUGGAGUCAGUGUUCUGCUGGUCUCCUCUGAGCUCUGUAACCGUCUGGGGGCCUGUCACAUCACCAUGUGUGCAACUGGGAUGCAGAGGUGCACUCUGACUGUGUCAUUAGAGCAGGCCAUAACUCUGUCCAGAAACCACGGCCUCAUGCCUCGUUGUCUCAUGCAGACCAUGGACAUCAUGCGCAAACAGGGCACCAGAGUGGAGAUCUCUGCCAAAAAUCUCAGAGUAAUGGACCAGAUGCCUCCUUUUGCUCCCAGGCUUUUCAGGUUGUGUUUACCACCCUCCGAUGGAGAUCUUUGAAUGAGGGUGAUGUCAGACUCUCAGGCCUUCUAGAUGCUUGGAGAUACUGUAUCAAGACUGGCUCAAAGAGCUCUUAAUCAUUAUGAGACCAUGCCUCAGCACAUCUCAACUCCUGGCCAGCUCAGUCAGAGAGGUCUGGUUCAGGUCAACACAAUGAGAAAUAAGAACAGUUCUGCCACCUUUAUCUCCUGCUCUGGCAGCAGAGAAAUUGCUAAUGCUAAUGAUGCUAAUCUUGGCUAGCAGUGUCUGCCCACAUUGUUGAAUCUCUUCCUAAUGGAUCUGGGCUGGCAUGUCAGAAAGUGGUUUAGCUGAAUCUACAUGUAAGAGGCUAUAUUAUCUCUUACUUUGCCUUUGACUGCAAUCUUAGUCAACAAGUAGAUGGGUCAGGUUUGGUCUGUGGAUGGUGAGGUAAGUUCAGAAAUGUGGCGAUUAUGUGCAAUUACUGUAGCUUAGCAUGAGUGUGUCUGCACUAUGUCAUGGGAGGUUGUGUCCUCACAGAGAGUGGUUGUGUUUCUCGCUUGUAUCAGGUAUUACGAAAGUACUGAAAUCAUUCCAGUCUACAUGGACCAGUUUGAGGCUGUUUUAAGUUAUAAUUCUUAUCUGUCCUUGUGUUUUGAUUUGAUUCUGUUAAAUAACAGUUUAAUUAUGUUCUAUCAGCUCUGUCAGCUUCCCAGUCAUUGAUACAUUAAAGGGUAAUAAGGAUUCAAAUGGGAGGCAGUCAGCUUCUGAAACAACACAUGAAGAAGGCCUGUAUACAAAAUGCAAAAAGAUGUCACUGUAAUCAAAGUGUUGAUAUUGAAGACUGAAAAAGUUUAUUGAUCAACUAGGAGAAACAUUUUUAAUUGUCUCUGCUUGUCCCUGGUUUAUAGCACUUUUUUAAAAACAUGAAUCAAUGCUGUGUUACAGUGUUUGACUGUUCUGGGGAGUUGCCCAGUGCGUCGGCUUGAAAAAGCACAAUAAAAAAAAGCUUGUGUUCUUCGCCAGUGUUUGUUAAAAGUACUGUACAUUGUAGAGAAUAGAAGUAAAGCAAACCCAGAUAGCACACACACAUCUCCGAGAUGUCUCUUUUAGAUCUUUUCAUCUGGAAAGCAUCACAUUCUAAUUAACAUCUGAUAAACUUAAGAUCAGAUUUGCAAACAUUCUAAAUCAUAAACUUCUCAGAGACAUCUACUGAAUGUCUUAUUGACAUCCGUGUGGAAACGUCAUAUAGACUUAUUGCAGAUGAGCAAACGACCUAAACACUCAUCAAAUAGACAUCUGGGUGAUGUACGUGUGCUAUCAGGGAAGGGAUCAUUGAAGAAUGAAUAGAUUUAGUAGCAUUUUAUUUAAGUUUUAUAUUUAGGAGAAAAUAUAUGUAUCAGAGAGAUAAACAUACUGUUCUCUUUGGGAACAUCAGUGCUAUAAUUUAAAGAGUAAUAAUAAUAAUGUUAAAACAAACAAAUAUAAUAUUGUACAUCUUUCAUUUUGUAUACUUAGUGUAUAUUGGAAUAGAAAACUUUAUUGUGCUUUUAAACAAUGUGUUCAAUAUUUAAUUUUCUAACUGGGCCAUAUGGUCAGUAACCGAGAAGGCCUGCAAAUUUAACAGUGUACCUGGAUUAAUUGAGUUUAAGAUAGUAUGUACAGUAUAUGUGAUGAGCUUUUUAACGUGCAAGAGUCUGCAUUUGUUUUUUAUAUAUUUUGUUAUAUACAGUAUGUUAUCGUCAUUAAUCUUAAUAAACAUAUGGUAUUUACUCA